AUGGCCGCCCUCGAACCAAUCCCAGUCUUCACCCAGUUGAACGACCUAUACGGCAAUCUAGGAACGACGAUAGACCAUGCUGCCCAGUGGAAUAAUCUAGCAGAAGAGUUCCAGAAGAGAUUUGGCAGGAAACCGGCAUACAUUGCCAGAGCACCAGGCAGGGUCAACUUGAUAGGCGAACAUAUCGAUUAUUGUCUCUUUGGUGUCCUUCCAGCAGCGAUCGAGCAGGAUAUCCUCAUUGCAUGUGCCCCCAAGACUCAUGCAGAUCCGGGCUAUGUCGUAGCAGAUAAUUUACAAGAGAAGUAUACUAAGCAGUCCUUCAAGCCGUUGUCUAAACGCAAGGACAGUGUGUCGAGCAUCUCGAGUAUAGACGACGAGGAUGUUCAUGCAGAAGAGUGGCAUUUGGAGAUCAAUACGACAGAACUGAGGUGGGAGAGUUACGUGAAGGCGGGAUAUUAUGGCGUCCUCAAUAACUACUUUACUCCAUCCCAAAAGGGAGAUUCCGACUCUGCUUAUCCUGUUCCUGUCGAUCUUCUAGUCACUGGAACCGUUCCUGCAGGAUCAGGACUUUCAUCGAGCGCAGCUAUGGUUGUUGCCUCCACCUUGGCUUUUUUGGCUGUCAAUGGAAAGCUGGAUGCCAACAUCGCAAAGGACGGUACAAACAAAAUCAGCAAAGGUGAUUUGGUGAAACUGGCGGUAGCCAAUGAGAAGCGCGUCGGCGUGAACAGUGGAGGGAUGGAUCAGGCGGCGUCGGUAAUCUGCACUCCCUCCUCCGCUCUCUAUAUAAGUUUCUUCCCUACCCUGUUCGCAUCUCCGGUCCCUUUACCUUCGGGCGCCGUCUUUGUCUGUGCAAAUUCUAUGGUCGUGUCGGACAAGGCCCUUGGCGCAAAGAAAGGUUAUAACCUCCGCGUGGUUGAGACACUUGUAGGGGCCCGUGUCCUGGCUCGACAGUUGGGUCUACCUCUAGGCGAAGGAGAGAGGAUCACGUUACGCGAAGUCGCCGGACGGCUUGUGGGUGAAGCGGCAGACCAGGAAAUGAGUAUCGAAAAAUUGAGUGAGGUGUUAGAGAGGAUGGAUAUGGAAGUAGAUGGAUUGAAGCCAGUAGGCCGCGAUGAAGCUGAAGAGCUUGGUGUUACGAUGGAAGAGAUGAUUCGUAUGUCUGGGCUGUCGGAGGAAGAGUUUCAUGAAACAUACUUGUCUUGGGUUACAGUGGAAGCAACGCACUUCCAGCUGUACAAACGAGCUAAGCACGUCUUCUCUGAAGCGUUGCGCGUGCUCAAAUUCCGCCAAGUAUGUCUCGAUGCUGCGUCUUCACCACCGGAAACUGUCAUGCAGACAUUGGGGGACUUGAUGAACGAGUCUCAAACGAGCUGCCGGGAUUUGUAUGAAUGUUCAUGUCCUGAACUUGACGAAUUAACCCGAUUGGCCCGAGAGGCGGGUGCAGUAGCUAGUCGCUUGACUGGUGCUGGAUGGGGCGGAUGCACUGUUUCGCUCGUUCCCGAAGGACAAGUUGAUGCGUUCAUCCAAAAAGUUAGGAAUACCUACCCGCCUUAUCAAGCCUUGGAAGGCGAGAAACUGAAAGAAGUCAUCUUCGCUACCAAACCAAGUAGUGGUGCAUGUGUUUACAAGUUUGAUGACUAGUCCUAGCCUCAGCGUUAUAAAUUAUGUGUGCAAUGGAUGCGCUUAUCGUUUCCUUGCACUAUGCUAGUCGUGAUAAAACAGUUUUCGAUUGCCGCAGAUUGGUGGUGGAAGA